AGUCGCACCGUUGUCAAGGUUAUAAACGAUGGCUAGUACUACACUUUUCCUGCUCUGCGAUCUCCAGAGCAUAUUUCGUACUGCGAUUCAUGAAUACCACCAUGUUGUUGCGACGACCAACAAAAUGCUCAAGUUUGCCAAGCUUUUUGAAUAUCCUGUUAUAGUAACGACACAGAAUGCCAAAGCGCUUGGUCCAAUUGAUCCCCAAGUUGAUCUUGCUUCUCUCGGCAUCCUUCACCGACAGACUAUCGAUAAAACCCUGUUCUCAAUGUUCAUCCCGGAAAUCCAGGCCCUUGUUUCGGAACUGGGAACUAGGACCGUAGUCCUUAUGGGCAUCGAAUCACACAUCUGUAUCCUUCAAACAGCAUUAGAGCUCUUGAGUCAAUCCUCGAUAAACAAAAUCAGCGAAGUCUAUGUUGUUGCCGAUGCGGUUUCUUCAUGCAAUGCAUUUGAAGUACCUAUUGCGCUCGACGCCAUGCGCCAUGCUGGAGUCAAAGUGCUCACUAGCGAAAGUAUAGGUUUUUUGCUCAUGCGAGAUGCUUCUCUACCUUCGUUUAGGGAAUUUGCGCGCAUCAUCAAGGAAUCGAAGGGCAGUACGAAAGCUGCUGGGGAAGCCCUCCUUCAGAGGACUUCACUGUGAAUAAUACGAACUUCCAUGUAUCAUUCAGUCUCCGAAAUUUUACAUACCUUAAGUUAUUGGAUUGAACCCCCAUUUCUGCUUCUACGAUAUAAGUCUUCGAUUACCUGAUAUAUAGGAUUGGCCAGUGCAGAAAAUCCAA